AUGGGUUGUACGAGUGUUUACAGCCAGAGUCUAGAAGAGCAUAUAGGUCAUCUUAAGGCUGUCCUUGAUGUUUUGAGAAAAGAGAAGCUUUUUGCUAACCUUAGGAAAUGCACUUUCUAUGGAGUGAAAGUGGAUCCAGAGAAGGUGAAAGCUAUAAGAGAAUGGCCCAUCCCUAAGACAGUGAGUGAAGUAAGGAGUUUCCAUGGACUUGCUGGCUUCUAUAGGCGAUUUGUGAGGGAUUUCAGUACUAUAGCCGCUCCCUUGACUGAGACUUGGCAGCAUUAUUUAUGGCCCAAGGAGUUCGUAAUCCACAUUGAUCCUGAGUCUCUCAAGUACCUUAAAGGCCAAAACAAGCUCAGUUUUGAGCAGAUUAAAGGUAUGUAUGAGACUGAUUCUGAUUUUAAAGAUGCUUAUAACUCUUGUGAAAAGGUUGCUACUGGGCAUUACUUUAGGCAUGAAGGAUUUCUUUUCUAUGAUAAUCGAUCACUUCUUUUGGCCUCGGAUGAAAAGAGAUGUGGAAAGAAUUUGUGA